UCCGUCCCCCAUUGGGUUCCCCCUUGCCCGCCCUACUUCCGGCCGGUCCGUCGCUAGCUCCGCCCCCCCCGGGGUCGCUUCCGGUCAUGGCGGCGGUCGGGGCCGGCCGCGGGUUCUGGGCGAGGAUGGCGGCAACCGGGCUCGGUCGCUGGUGCCGUUCCCUGUCCCAGGACUACUCCUCAGCCCUCCGUGAGUCCCUGGCAUCCGCUCGGCGUCACCCGUUGGCCUCAGCCUCGACCCUGGCGGCUCUGAGCGCGGCAGCCUCGUGCGCUGCCUCCGUCCCCGGCGCCGACUCCUUCGAGGCAGCCUCGGUGGAGGCCGCGGCCUCACUCCUGCUGCUGAGCCCUGGCACCCGCAGCCCCGGUGCCGAGCGCCACGUCCAGCGCCUGCUGCGGCGCCGCGAGCACGGGCGCCUGCGCUACCGGCACCUCGGCCUCAUCGCUGUGGUCUAUGAGGCCCCGCACGGCACCGGCACCGGGCUCUAUGCCGGGCAGUGCCGGUACCUGCGGCCGCGGUGGCGCGAGGCCCCCGGGCGCCUGUUGGAUGUGGGGUUCUGGGGGUGUUGGUGGGUGUUGCGGUACCGGCUCCGUGACUGUGAUGUCAAUGAGGAUGAGUUCCUGGCGCUGCCGCCGCGGUUGAGGCGCAUGGAACCGGAGCAGCUCCGGUCUGAGCACAAUGAGAGGCUGUUCAUGGCCAAGUAUGAGCCGGUGGUGAUGGAGGAUGGUGAUGGGUGAUGGUGAUGGGUGAUGGUGAUGGUGCCGCGGACUGAGCGGUUCUAUGGCAAUGAAUGGGUUGGGGUCCAUCCAUCCCAACCAUAACCAGCACCACUGAUGCCAUCAUAGCAUCCCUAUGGCAAUGAAUGGGUUGGGGUCCAUCCAACUCAACCGUUACUGGUGUCAUUGAAUUCACCAUUGCUGAAACGUCCAGUCCAAGUGUUCCCAGCACCAUUGAGGUCACUGUGGCCCCAUGGCAAUGAAUGGGUUGGGAUCUAUCCAGCCCAACCAUAACCAGCACCACUGAGG